AUGCCGAACGUGGGCAAGAGCACGCUCUACAACUCGCUGAGCAAAUCGCACCACUCGAAGACCGCCAACGUCCCGUUCUGCACGAUCGACCCCUCCGAGACGAGGGCCUACAUGGAGGACGAGCGCUUCGAUUUCCUGGUGGCCCUGGACAAGCCCAAGAACGAGGUCAGAGCAUUCGUGACAGUCGUCGACAUCGCCGGGCUCAUAUCGGGCGCCUCCAAGGGCGAAGGCCUGGGGAACGCAUUCCUCUCGCACAUCCAAGCUGUGGACGGCAUCAUCCACGUCUUGCGCGCCUUCGAAGAUGACGACGUCAUUCACGCCGAGGACACGGUCGAUCCCGUCAGAGAUAUCAAUACCAUCAUGAACGAGUUGCGCAUCAAGGAUCUUAGUUUUAUGAUGUCCAAGAAGGAGCAGCACAAGAAAGGACAGACCGCUGCAAAGACAAAGUCGCCAGCGCACGCCAAGAAGUGGGUAGAGGAGGACGAAACCAUGGACAAGAUUAUCGAGUGCCUGGAGUCGGGGACCGACAUCAAGAGGAACAUGGCCAACUGGACGGUUAAAGACAUCGAGUACCUGAACGAUUAUAUGUUGCUUACAGGAAAGCCGCGCUGUUUCUGCUGA